UUCAUUUCGCUUUUUAGUAUCUCGGCUCAGUAGGCCCUAAGAGAUUGUCCCGUAGUCACGAAAGAACCUUUCAAAAUAGAUAUUCAAGCCCAUUUACUUUGUUAAAACUGCUGCAUUCCUUUUCUGUUCUAUUUAAUCCCCAUAAAAAUUCUUGCCAGUUUUCGCCGGAAGUUUGCUUGAAUUAAAAAAAGCAAGGCAGUCCAGUCGACAUUGUGAAAGCAUGGCUAUCGAAACUCAAAAACCCUCGGCCCCACCUGGUUUUCUUAACAUGAGCGGCCAGCAGGCUCAACAAUCGUAUUUACCUUUAGAUAAUGGCCAUCAUCAUCAUCAUACUCCACCAGUAAUGAAUGCACCCAGCCACACCAUCAUCAAUGUGAACACUCAACCAUCAAAAUCUGUCGUUUUCGUUGGUGGGGGUUGUCCAUCGUGCCGAGUUGGUGUGUUGUCCAAAAGUCAUUGUACUUUUUGUGGCAUUUUGUGGUCAAUUCUUCUUUUCCCAAUCGGGUUGUUAUGUCUCUGCUGCUGUACGAAGGACCGCUGUUCCAAUUGCUCGUACACUCAAAAUUGAUGCAAUUAGCCAGAAAGUGAGUCUGCAAUGGUGCAUUACUCGAAAGAAAACAAUGGUUCGUCGUUCUUUUGUGUUAAAUCGUUGAAACUGCUGUCAAACAAAGAAAAACGAAUUCACUUGAAAUGGAUUAGUUAAGUUACCGUUAAAAGUGUUUAUAACCAAGAAAAUCUGCUUGUUCAAUACAAGAUUAAAACGU